AUGGAGGACCAUGGUUGUAUCCACCCGUUCAACACGGCCUCCCACACCAAUGGACCUCUGCACCGCCUUCUCCUUCGCGGCAUCCUCCCCGGCCGCGAGCGCCGCCGCCCUCGCGACCUUCAACGCCGCCGUCGCCCGCCACAGGCAGCACCCCGCCGACGAGACGCCCUAGCAGCCCGCUGCCGGGACGACGUGGCAGAUCCUCCUCGACGGGCCCCUGGCCAUCGACCCGCAGGCCCCGGCCGUGACGCCCGACGUCGAGGUCUUCGACGUCGACUUGUUCGCGAACCAGACCAGGCGUCCACGUUCGCGGCGCUCGGCAAGAGGGUCGUCUGCUACUUCAGCGCCGGGUCGUACGAGGACGGCCCGACCGACUCGGGGGACUUUGACGCGGGCGAGGGGGGCGAUCUGGGGCGCGAGCUCGAGGGGUGGCCGGGCGAGUACUGGCUUGACACGAACAGCGAGACGGUCAGGGGGGGUCAUGAGGCGGCGGAUCGAGUUGGCGAGGGACAAGGGACAAACCGCAACGGGCUCGGCCUGACGGCAGCCGACUCGAUCGACUGCAUCAGCUUUCUCGCGUUCGAAGCACGGAGACGCGGACUAGCCAUGGGGCUCAAGAACGGCGGCAGCAUCAUCAAGAAUGUGCUCCCCGUCAUUGACUUCUCUGUCAAGGAGGAGUGCGCCGCGUACAGCGAGUGCGACCUGUACAAGGCCGUCACGGACGCCGGCAAGCCGUGUUCCACAUCGAGUACCCGGACAUGGCGAAAACGGGGGCGCAAGACAAGGAUGCGCGGCGACGGGCCUGCAAGGCGAAGGGCGCGGGCCGGUUCAGCACCGUCAUGA